GCGCGCGCGCGCGCAUCUUCGGAGCCUUCCCCACCACUUGGUUCUUCCAGUAGUGAAGGCACCCGGGACUGGCCCCGGUCAUCAUCUCAGUCGCUGCCGGGCCAUUCCGGCGUGUGGGUGCCACGCCAGGGGAGCGCCGGAAGAGAGAGACGUACGCACCAAGGCGAUCUCUUGUAGCCGGCCAUGAACGGCGGCAGCGGCAAGGGGACCUGCCGAUUGAUGUUGGGCGCCUAGAAGGAGGCAGCUGAGCCAGCCCAGCCAACCGCGGAGGGAAACAAACUUGCAGAUAAAUCGCGAAGCAGGCAGACGCAGAGGUGGAAGGGAGGUCGAGGGCGGCCAGGCGGGCGAUGGCCACGGCUGCCGCCGACGCCGCCGCCGCCGUCCCUGACGCCCGGAGGUGGAGCAAGGCCGGUCCUUCGUCGCCGGUCACCACCGCCAUCUUCCUCUUCUUCUUCGUCGUCGUGGUCGGCGUCCUCGUCUCCGCCCGUUGGAUCACCACCACCACUCAUCUGGCAAUCACCAAUCUGGAUCAGUGGCGCACACAGCCGGCAAUCCUGACGGCCACGCUAACCACCUCCAUCCCCGCCAUCCCGGCCGGCCCGCCGCCGCCGCGCCCCACCUACUCCCUCUCCUGCUCGGCGCCGCCGCUCACCCGCGACCCCGACAUCCCCAGCAACAUCUCCCAGACCCUCUCCCUCGCGCUCUCCUCCAACGCCACCUGCGCCUCCGUCCCCGACCCCCAGCCGAUCCCCCCCGCCGCCGACGCCGACGCGGACGCCAACGCCACCUGCCCCACCUACUUCCGCUUCAUCCACGAGGACCUCCACCCAUGGCGCGCGGCGGGGGGCAUCACGCGCGCGAUGCUCGACCGCGCGCGCGCCACCGCCAACUUCCGCCUCGUCGUGCUCCGCGGCCGCGCCUACAUCGAGCGCAUCGCGCCGGCCUUCCAGACGCGCGACCUCUUCACCAUCUGGGGCAUCCUCCAGCUGCUCCGCCGCUACCCUGGCCGCGUCCCCGACCUCGACCUCAUGUUCGACUGCGUGGACUGGCCGGUUGUCCACGCCGACGAGUACCAGGGGGACAACGCCACCGCCAUGCCGCCGCUUUUCCGCUACUGCGGCGACAACGAGACGCUCGACGUGGUCUUCCCGGACUGGUCCUUCUGGGGCUGGGCCGAGAUAAACAUAAAGCCGUGGGAUGCACUGCAGAAGGAUUUGAAUGAAGGCAAUAAGAGGGUGAGAUGGAUAGAUAGAGAACCUUAUGCUUACUGGAAAGGGAAUCCAGAUGUCGCAGCUAUAAGGCAAGAGCUGGUUAAGUGUAAUGUGUCCAGUAAACAAGAAUGGAAUGCACGGAUUUUCAAACAGGAUUGGAUCAAAGAAAGCAAGGCAGGAUACAAGAAAUCAAAUUUGGCCAGUCAAUGCACCCAUAGGUACAAGAUCUACAUUGAAGGAUCAGCAUGGUCAGUCAGUGAGAAGUAUAUCCUAGCUUGUGAUUCGAUGACGCUGGUGAUUAAACCAAAAUACUACGAUUUCUUCUCAAGGGUGCUGAUGCCCACUCAGCAUUAUUGGCCAGUUCGAGAUGACAAUAAGUGUGGCUCCAUAAAGUAUGCUGUUGACUGGGGAAAUUCUCACAAGAAAAAGGCACAGCAAAUAGGAAAGAAGGCAAGCAAGUUCAUUCAACAAGAACUUAGUAUGGACUAUAUAUACGAUUACAUGUUUCACCUCUUAACUGAGUAUGCUAAGCUCCUAAGAUUCAAGCCAACCAAGCCACCUGAAGCUGUUGAGGUCUGUCCCGAAUCUUUGGCCUGCCAAGCCAUAGGUCGGGAGAAGAAGUUUAUGCAAGACUCCAUGGUGAAGUCUGCGAACGUUGCAGGCCCAUGCAAUCUGCCUCCUCCCUUCAGCCCUGAGGAAUACAAAAAGCUACAACAGAGGAAAGAAAAGUCAAUUAAACAGGUCGAAACGUUGGAUCAAAAUGCUUCAAAGCUCGAGGAGCGAAAUGCUUCAAAACCUGAGGAUAGCAAUCCCGGGGAGCGAAAUGCUUCAAAACCUGAGGAUAGCAAUCCCGGGGAGCGAAAUGCUUCAAAACCUAAGGAUAGCAAUCCCGAGGAGCGAAAUGCUUCAAAGCCCGAGGAGCGAAAUGCUUCAAAACCUGAGGAUAGCAAUCCCGAGGAGCGCGAAAUGCUUCAAAGCCCGAGGAACGAAAUGCUUCAAAACCUGAGGAUAGCAAUCCCGAGGAGCGAAAUGCUUCAAAACCCGAGGAUAGCAAUCCCGAGGAGCGAAAUGCUUCAAAGCCCAAGGAGUGAAAUGCUUCAAAACUUGAGGAUAGCAAUCGUUGAGAACUCCCUAGUUUUUUUACUUCCCCGAGGACUCACGUAUAAAGUUUGCUCAAUUUUUUAGUAUUCAUGGUUGUACUAAUUUUGUAUUGUAAUAUCAACAGCUUCUUAUUUGAAUGUUCAUACGUGUAACAUCUAGAAAAGUUAAAGAUUAUUUUGUA